CAGCCUACCGCCGCCGCAUGAACAAAUUGAUAAAUGUGGCACGAUUCUUCAAGCACGGGUGAUAAGAACAAUUAAAGACCUCGGUUUGAUAUCUGUCGAUUCUCAUGGUCUGGGGUUGGCUCUUAUCAACACUUCUGGACAAGCUUGUUCGGUUCACAUAAACAUCCUUCUUAUUUAAACCUUCACCCGCCGAGUUUACUUGAACUCAACCACCGCAACCCAGUCUAAUACCUCAUCAGUCGACGACAACUCGAGUCAACAUGACGAACAACAUUGUUGUGCUCGGUGCUGGCGUGUCGGGCCUCACGGCGGCCCUGCUCCUGUCCAAGAGCAAAGCCAAUUCCGUGACUGUGAUCUCGAAGCAUAUGCCCGGCGACUACGACAUUGAGUACACGUCGCCAUGGGCCGGUGCCAACGUCCUGCCCAUGGCGCCCGAGUCCGAUAGCAGAUGGGAGCGGAGGACAUGGCCUGAACUCAGCCGCCUGGCCGCCGAGGUCCCGGAAGCGGGUAUUCACUUCCAGAAGAGCCAGGUCUUCAGACGUAAGAAGGAUAUCGAGGCCGGUGGUAACCCCUACGACGCCCUGUACGCCGUGGACCCGUGGUACCGCAGCCUGCUCCCGGACUUCCGCGACCUUCGCGCGGACGAGCUUCCCGCCAACGCGCACUCGGGCUCCGAGUUCACGUCGGUGUGCAUCAACACGGCGCUCUACCUGCCGUGGCUCGUGGGCCAGUGCCGCAAGAACGGCGUCGUCUUCAAGCGCGGCGUCAUCGCGCACAUCCACCAGCUCAAGGCGCUGCACCACUCGGGCCGUCCGGCCGACGUCGUCGUCAACUGCUCGGGCCUGCUGGCGUGCAAGCUGGGCGGCGUCGAGGACAAGGCGGUGCAGGCGGCGCGGGGCCAGGUCGUGGUGGUGAGGAACGAGGUCGAGCCGAUGGCGACCAUCUCGGGCACCGACGACGGGGCGACCGAGGUGUGCUACAUGAUGACGCGGGCGGCCGGGGGCGGGACGGUCCUGGGCGGGACGUACGACAAGGGCAACUGGGACCCGAACCCAGACCCCAACAUUGCGAACCGCAUCAUGAAGCGGUGCGUCGAGCUGAGCCCGGCGCUGACGGGCGGCAGGGGCGUCGAGGCGCUGGAUAUCAUCCGGCACGGCGUCGGGCUGCGGCCGUACCGCGAGGGCGGCGUCCGGAUCGAGACGGACAGGGCGACGUUCGCCGACGGCACGCCGGUGGUGCACAACUACGGCCACGCCGGAUGGGGGUUCCAGGGGUCGUACGGCUGCGCCGAGCGGGUUGUCGAGCUGGUCAACGAGAUCCGCGCCGAGAGGGGGGACAAGUUGGUGGAUGAGCCCGAGAUGUUCUCGUGGGACAAGGCAAGCAAGUUAUAGUAGUAGUGGUAGUAGUCAUUUUUUUUGUAUAGAUAUUUGUUCAUAAUUUUAUUCUUUGUGAAUACACACCCUUUUUUCU